CUGGGAGAAGCGGCGCUUCUUUGCCGUGUUCUCGGGUGUGCGAUGCGGAGUGGAGCCGCUCAUCAACCGGUGUCUGCUGCCGCCGCUGCACCUGGGUCCUAAAGCCGAGGAACUCCGACCGCAGCGCCGUUUUAAAAACAACGUUAAAGACAACGUCGACAGCAGUUUGUUAAGAAGCUGCACGACACGGUUUUGUAGUUGUUCUGCAGAGUUCAGUUGGACUGUUCCUGGACCAGUUUCUCCAAGUUCCCUGACUGACUCCCCUCUGGUCAUGCAGCUGGUGAUCCGCCAGUACCGUCCCUCAGACAGGGACGCGGUGCUCGAUCUGUUCAGCGUCGGCAUCCAGGAGCACAUCCACCCGUGUUUUCAAAACAGCAUGACCAGCCCUCACUACCUCACCAUCACCCUGGCUCUGUGCGCUGCUGGCUACCACCUCGGCUCUGUGUUUGGGGCUGUGUUGUUACCAGGACUCUGGAUGGGCCUUGUCUACUAUUGCUGUUAUGAGAUAUAUUCUGGUUACGUCAGGAUGAGGCUCCAGACAGACAUGCGGGACAUCCCUGGGAACUUCCAGAGCAGACCAGAUGACUGUUUCUGGGUGGCUGAGGCUGAGAUUGAUGGGAGGGUGCAGAUUGUGGGUACGGUGGCUGUGCUAGCCAAACAAAGUGGGAAAGAAAGGUACGGAGAACUUCUCAGAAUGAUCAUCUCCCCUGUGUGCAGACGGGUCGGCCUGGGCUGCAGGAUGGCUCAGACUGUGGUUGACUUCUGUAAGGAACGAGGCUUCUCCAAAGUGUCUCUGGAGACCAGCUCCAUCCAGACAUCUGCUGUGGCCCUGUACAAGAAACUGGGGUUCUGCCAUGUCCUGUCGCACAUAAAACCAGAGGCUCACCCGUGGAUUGUAAUGCUGGCUAAUGUCACAGUUUUAAGAAUGGAAAAGCAACUGUAGAGUUCCCUACCACAAAACCUACCCCGGGAAAAUUUGGAAUGAGUAACAAAGCCUUUUCAGAAUUUUUAUACCACUUGUACUGUGUGGAUGAAAACCUAUUAAUUGGUUUCAUAGAUGAUGCUCGUUUAAGUUUAAUGAAUCAAGAUGAACCAUUGUUGAUUAUGUGCUUAUUUUUCAAAAUCUUGUUUCUCGAAUACUGUGAUUUUAUUUCUUAAAUAGACCUGGAAUCACUCCCAAACAAUGCCAGAAAUAGACCCACUCCGAAAGGUUUUUUCCAGUUUGUGUGUAUGAUCCCCUCCAUCCUACAUUGACAUGCACUAAUUACAGCAUUUUAAAGCCCCUGUGCAGCCACACAAGUGUUUUAAAAACCAAUAGAAUGAUGGUGUAACUUCUUCCACCCAAAAAGGUGCAUGAAAACUAAUAAUAAUAACUCUAUUUGUAGAGCACUUAUCUAAACAAAGUUACAAAAUAGUGGUGUCAGAGAGAUGUCCUUUAUAUUGUAAUUUUAUUCUUAAAUUUGUGACUAACAAUAAAGGGGGUUUCAGGUUUGCUUUCAUCUGUUACCUAAAUGCAAAACGUAAAUUUUAGCAAAAAGGUAAAUACAGACUCUUGAGUUUACAGACAACGCUGUUGAUUGUGAAUGAUUAACAACAGAGGGCGCUAUUUAUCUAAAUACCAGUGAGAAGUUUCUCUGUAAAUCAAUAUCUUCAGUACAAUAUCUGCAGUUCUGCAUUCACAGAUUUUCAGAUGAUCACACAUGUUCAUGGGAUUAUGAGGUCAAAUAUCUGUAACAUGCACUUGAAUAUACCUAAUUAUGAAGACAAAUAGAGUACUGUACUCAGGUGCUAGUAUGUUAGGUUUAUUAGAAAAAGAAACUGCAAUAAGUAUGGGGGUUGUGCAGUUCUUUAUAGACACACGUGUGAUUUUGUUGUAAUUUUUAAGAAUCAUACUGUUAAAAGUUUUGGACUUUUCUGUUGUAACUGUUGUUGUCUGUUUUGCUUUUGUCUUUAUUCUGGUGUCAGGUUUGUGGAGCUCAUUGAAUAAGUUUGUGUGUAUGUAUGUUUGAGUCUGUUAUUUGUUUUCAUCAUUGUUUUUUUCAUUGUACAUUUUUUUUGUCUUAACAUUGCAUCGUUAUAUAGAUCCUCUUUUAUUCUCUUCUUAUAUGUAAAACUGUUGGUAGAG